AUGGGGGUGUUGUUGCUCCGUAACGUUCCUCACUUAGUAAACACUACAACACCAUACGUCCUCUAUAAAGAUGGCGUCGAACGCGCUCCUCCUGGCACACAGUGGGGUGGUGGAGUUCUCGAUGGCGGUUACCAGCCUAUGCAACAUCAAAGCCCUGGAGGGCCCUCGCCUCAACCAGAACCUCAACUCGCUUCCCCGGCACCGUCACCAUACCCGCCUGCACCUCCACCGCCUGAUCCAAGUGGGUCCGCAGAGGACGCUGCCCAGCAGCUCGCUCAGCAACAGGCUCAGCAACAAGCACAACAACAACAGCAGCAGCAACAGCAGCAACAGCAACAGACCUCCCCCGAACAUAUGCAAGUUGAGCAACAGCUUCAAACACAACCGCCAACGCAAGAUCAUCUAGACCGAACGCCAUGCUUCGUUCCUCAGCCGGACCUUCAACAACAAUAUACACCCUAUUUUAAAGAAGCGAGGCCUGCUAGCCACAUGCUCAGUACUGGCGGUUUUCCCUUACACUAUCUAAAACAAAAUGGUGGUGUACUUUCCCUUGAAGGCCCACUGGAUCAAUACGCAACACCAGAUUUGCGUCAUCUACCAGACAUAGUGCAACCAGAGCCACCUAAGCCGCGCAAGCACAACCCCAAUUCUGAGCUGAGGCUGUUUAAGUGCCUCACAUGUGGUAAAGACUUUAAGCAGAAGUCAACGUUGCUGCAGCACGAGAGGAUUCACACGGACUCCAGGCCGUAUGGGUGUCCCGAGUGCGGCAAGCGGUUCCGGCAGCAGUCGCACCUGACCCAGCACCUGCGGAUCCAUGCCAACGAGAAGCCGUACGCCUGCGUCUACUGCCCGCGCUCCUUCCGCCAGCGCGCCAUCCUCAACCAGCACCUGCGAAUCCAUUCCGGUGAGAAGCCAUAUACGUGCGGCGAGUGCGGCAAACAUUUCCGCCAGAAGGCCAUCCUGAACCAGCACGUCCGCACACACCAAGGCGAGCGCUAUUCACACAUAUAUCUCCCCACCUGGACCCCGCGCGCGCCGUCAGCACUGACCACACCGGUCACUGCAGCCGGCGCUCGUUCUUCCUGCCGCCCCCCGCACCGUCGAUUCGGUCUCGCAUCCAUUGGCCUUCCUAUCAAACAAAUUCUCGGUCCCCUCGUCGCCCGUAUCGCGGCGGACGUUUCGCCGCAUCUCAUCUUCAAGAAUGGAACAACGCCUACACUCUGGCCCCAGGACGUACCUUUUCCUGACGAGAACAAGGAAGAGGUGCAGUCGACGUUCGGUGACGCUGAUGGGCAGAAUGAACAGCGUGGGUCCUGCUUCUCUCCCGGCGACUCUGCUCAAUACCCUGCUUAUUUCAAAGACACAAAAGGUCUCAAUCAUUCGGUCUUUAGUUCAGGACUGUCCUUGCAAUAUUUGAAAAGCAGUAAACUUCCUGACGUGCUUGGUGGCCGUGCAAUGCCUCUGUACGUCCGUUGCCCCAUCUGUCAGAAGGAAUUUAAGCAAAAGUCGACGCUUCUCCAACACGGAUGCAUUCAUAUAGAGUCACGGCCAUAUCCGUGCCCGGAAUGCGGCAAGCGCUUCCGACAACAAUCUCAUCUCACGCAACAUCUUCGUAUUCACACCAACGAAAAGCCCUACGGGUGCGUGUAUUGUCCUCGCUUUUUCCGUCAGCGAACGAUUCUCAAUCAACAUUUGCGCAUACAUACCGGUGAGAAGCCGUAUAAGUGCACGCAAUGCGGCAAAGACUUCAGGCAGAAGGCGAUUCUCGACCAACACACGAGAACGCACCAGGGCGACAGACCAUUUUGCUGCCCAAUGCCGAAUUGCCGACGGCGGUUCGCCACCGAGCCCGAGGUGAAGAAGCACAUCGAUAACCAUAUGAAUCCGCACGCAGCCAAGGCCCGGAGGGCAGACGCUUCAAAAACCCCACGGCCACUGCCUCCCGCCGCUGCUGUGGUUAAACCAGAGCUGUACUUCCCACAAUGCUACGCGCCGCCGUUCCAGCAAUUCCCGAGCUCGCAGCCCGAGUUCAAGCCCGUGGUGGGCCCGGGCGCGCCGGUAGCAUGCCUGCCGGCGCAGUGA